UUCUGCCUCCCGAGGAUGGGGAUUAGGGCAGGCGAGCCCCCAGCUCUGAUACGAACGCCUCCUGGAGGACCAGAGACCCCUCCCCGCCGGUGUGACGUCAGCGCCGCAUCAGUCCCCCACCUUCCCCCCGCCCCCGCCACACCUCCACCGCCGGCCAAUCGCCUCUUAAGCCGCUGCCGGGCUCCGGACGCCGAUCUUGCCGCUCGCAGCUUGGUCGGAGUAGCCGGGAAGCAGCCUCGCCCGCCCCGCGUCCCCCAAGAAGCGUCCCCUUCGCCUCCUCCGUCCCCCAGCAGCGCUGCAGCAGCGGCGGGCGCCGCCUUGACGAGCAGGAGCGGCCAGAGCAGAGCCAUGGCUUCGGAAGGGAAGAUGACUGCCCAGUUGUUGCUGGCCGUUGGGGGUGCCGUGUUGGGGUCACUGCAGUUCGGGUACAACACAGGAGUAAUCAACGCACCGCAGAGGGUGAUUGAAGAAUUUUACAACCAAACAUGGUUCAACCGAUACGAGACGUACAUCACCCCGGGCAUGCUCACCACUCUCUGGUCCCUCUCGGUGUCCAUCUUCUCGGUCGGUGGGAUGUUCGGGUCGUUCUCAGUCGGGCUCUUUGUCAACCGCUUUGGACGGAGGAAUUCCAUGCUGAUGUCCAACUCUCUCGCCUUCCUUUCGGCCAUCCUCAUGGGCUUCUCCAAGAUGGCCGGCUCCUUUGAGAUGUUGAUCCUCGGGCGUUUCAUCGUGGGCGUUUACUCCGGCCUCACCACCGGCUUCGUGCCCAUGUACGUGGGCGAGGUCUCCCCCACAUCUCUGAGGGGGGCGUUAGGAACCCUCCACCAGCUUGGGGUCGUGGUGGGAAUCCUGAUUGCACAGAUUUUCGGUAUUGACCUCAUCAUGGGGAACGAAAGCCUCUGGCCCCUGCUGCUGGGGUUCACCUUCGUCCCCUCCUUGGCCCAGUGCAUCCUGCUGCCUUUGGCUCCCGAGAGCCCCCGUUUCCUUCUCAUUAACCGCAACGAGGAGAACAAAGCUAAGAAUGUCCUAAAGAAGCUCCGUGGGACAACCGAUGUCAGCAGAGACCUCCAGGAGAUGAAAGAGGAGAGCCGGCAAAUGCUUCAGGAGAAGAAGGUCACCAUCUUGGAACUUUUCCGUUCGCCUAUCUACCGCCAGCCCCUCCUGAUUGCCAUCAUACUGCAGCUCUCUCAACAACUUUCGGGGAUCAACGCGGUGUUCUACUACUCCACAGAUAUCUUUGAAAGAGCCGGAGUGCAGCAACCUGUUUAUGCCACUAUUGGGGCUGGAGUUGUUAAUACAGCCUUCACUGUUGUCUCGCUGUUUGUGGUAGAACGGGCCGGCCGAAGGACACUGCACCUCAUUGGACUCUUGGGGAUGGCCAUAUGUGCGGUUCUCAUGACUAUCGCCCUGGCACUACUGACUCAAGUGCCGUGGAUGUCUUAUCUCAGCAUCGUCGCCAUCCUGGGCUUCGUGGCAUUUUUCGAAAUUGGGCCCGGACCGAUCCCUUGGUUCAUUGUGGCAGAGUUGUUCAGCCAAGGCCCACGUCCUGCUGCCAUUGCCGUUGCGGGACUGUCGAACUGGACCGCCAACUUCAUCGUAGGGAUGGGCUUUCAGUAUGUAGCGGACCUUUGUGGUGCCUACGUCUUCAUCAUCUUCACCAUUUUGCUGGUCCUCUUCUUCAUCUUCACCUACUUCAAGGUGCCAGAGACCAAGGGCCGAACCUUCGACGAGAUCGCCUCUGAGUUCCGCCAAGGGGGUGCCACCCACGGAGACAAGAGCCCGGACGAGUUCCACAGCUUGGGUGCUGACUCCCAGGUGGAGGGAGAAAGUGCACCCCCCCAAAAAAACAACAAGAAGAUUAAAGGCCUUGCUUCUUCUCCCCAGCUUAGGGUGGUCAUUUUCUAAAUGACCAAGGGUCUACCCUGGGGCCCUCCUGGUCAUCCUCCAGAGCGAGGGGAUCAUGGGCUUGGUGGUCCAAGGGAGGUGACGAAAGACCGGAGAUGGUUUGGGAAGGGAAGGCCAUCUACCCCGAGGCACCUCUGGCACUGGGGUGGGGUGGGGGGCUACACAGUUUGGGGGCAACAACUGCAGGCUGUUAACCUUUGGGGUAAGUGAGAGCUGUCCCUAACCUGGAGGGGGGAGGGCAGGUUUCGGCAUUUCUCUGAUGAGAGACGUGAUUCCCCUCCCCCAGUUCAAGGGUCUGAAGGCGGAGGGUGCCAGGGCUGCCCCUCAGCCGCUUCAAAAGCUCGAGAGGAGCCAGCAAUGGCUCCCCAGUAGUUGUAAAGACCACACUGGUUCACACACACACACACACCACCUGGUCCGCCCUUGCUGGAGGUAGACAGGUCAGGCCGUAGCCUGAAGGCUUCCUCCCUGCUCGCAAUCCUCUGGAUGGGGAGGAAAA